AUGGCACGACCGAAGAUUGUGCUGUAUGUGGAUAUUGUCAGUCCGUUUGCUUAUAUGGCUUGGUGGAUGUUGAAGAACAACCCGGCCUUCAAAUCCGUCGAAAUCCAAACCAUCCCCAUCUUCCUCGGCGGCCUCAUGCAAGCCUGCGCCAACACGGCCCCCAUAAACAUCAAAAACAAAGACCGCUGGAUAGGAACCGAACGCCUCCGCUGGGCCCACAAAUUCAACAUCCCCAUCUCUGAAUCCGGACCCUCCCCUUUCCCCCAAUCAACACUCAACCCUAUGCGCGCGAUCUGGAAUGUGCAGCACGACCAGGAGAAAUUGGAUCGGUGUCUAGAUGCUCUGUGGAAGGCUUUCUGGGUCGAGGGGAAGACGAUCAAGGAUGUUGGGGUUUGGGGGGAAGCGUUGGAGGAUGCUUUGGGGGCGGAGGAGGGAGCGGAAUUGGUGAGGUUGGCGGGGGGGAAGGAGGCGAAAGAGGGGUUGAAGGGGAAUACGGAGGCGGCGUUUGAGGCGGGGGCGUUUGGGCUGCCGUGGUUUGUUUGUACGAAUUCGGAGGGAGGGAAGGAAGGGUUUUGGGGGUUCGACCAUCUCGGACAGGUCAUGGAGUUUCUGGGCUUGGAUCGUCAAGAUAAGAGCUUUCGCUCACUACUGUAG